ACGACACACAGACAGACUUUUGUAGUUUCUCCUUCAUUAGGAGAAUCACGUUGUUCAGUGUUGAAUGUACUGACUUUAAUACAGUCAAGAUGAUGAUGGGAGACAACGAAACUAGGAAUUUAAAACCAAAAAAAUACCCGAUAAGUGACGAUUACAGAAUAACAGGGGCCGUUUUGGGCCUUGGGAUAAAUGGAAAAGUUGUUGAAUGUUUUUCUAAAAAAACGAAUCAGAAGUGUGCGUUAAAGGUGUUGAGAGAUGUGCCAAAAGCAAGAAGGGAGGUGGACCUCCACUGGAGAGCAUCAGGCUGUAAACACAUUGUAGCAAUUACAGAUGUGUACGAGAAUGCCUACAGUGGUCAGAAGUGCCUGUUGGUGGUCAUGGAAUGUAUGGAAGGAGGGGAACUCUUCAACAAAAUACAAGAAAGAGCCGAUUCAGCAUUUACAGAAAGAGAGGCAGCUGCUAUCAUUCGUGACAUUGCCAAAGCCAUCCACUAUCUACAUUCCUUGGAAAUAGCCCACCGAGAUCUAAAGCCUGAAAACUUACUGUACUCAGACAAAACUGUUAAUGGAACAUUGAAAUUAACAGAUUUUGGUUUUGCCAAAGCAAUCACAACAGACUUUAAGAUGUUACAAACUCCUUGCUACACACCCUAUUAUGUUGCCCCAGAGGUACUUGGUCCAGAAAAGUACGACAAAUCCUGUGAUAUGUGGUCGUUAGGUGUUAUCAUGUAUAUUUUAUUGUGUGGGUACCCACCAUUCUACAGUAAUCACGGAGCAGCUAUUUCACCUGGUAUGAAGAAGAGAAUCAGAAAUGGACAGUAUGAGUUUCCCAGUUCAGAAUGGAAAAAUGUGUCAAAAGAUGCAAAAGAUUUAAUUCAAGGCUUAUUAAAAACUGUUCCCGAAGAAAGGUUUUCAAUAGAACAGGUCAUGAGGAACAAAUGGAUAUCAGAUCACAUAACAGUGCCCCAGACACCUCUCUGCUCAGCAAUGAUCCUCAAGGAGGAUUCAGAAAAUUGGGCAGAGGUACAGGAGGAGAUGACCAAUGCUUUGGCGACCAUGAGAGUGGACUACGAUAUGUGCCAGAUAAAGAACUUAGAUGAGACAGAUAACCCCAUUUUAAAGAAGCGUAAGAAGAGGAGUACAGCAGAACCAAUGUAUAACCAGUCUUAAUGAAGAACUGUCACACUUCAGGGGAAGCCCUGUAAUCAGAGUGUCCUAUACAUUGAGAAAUUCAACCAUUUUGAGACAAAUGGUUAUGACAGUAUGCAGAUAUUUCAUAAGGAUAAUGUCUGCUGGAGUUCAAGGAACUCUGCAUCAGUGAUAUAGGUAUUUUAUACAAAUACAUAAACAUUAAUGUAGUGAGAAUACUACAUCAAGUUUUAAAUAUUCAUUUAAACUCUAUGAUAAUAUUAUUUUGACAUAAGUUGUAUGUUUUUUUAUUUUUAUUUUAUAAAACAAUGUAAGAGAGAGAGGGAGUAAUAAAAUUGUCUUUGUUCAAUAUUUACUUUGAAGCUAACAUAUAGCUAUGGAAUGUAUAGAAAGUAUGUAUGUGGAACAUAUAUUAUUUUCAUGUUUUUUUGUACAACUUGUUGACUGUAUGAUAUACUGUAUAUUAAAUUUUGUUUUUGAGACCAAAUGGCACUUUAAAAUUAGGAGUUGUCACCAUAAGAAUAUCAUAUAUAUAUUGCCAAAGUUGUUACGUACUGGUUUGUUUGAUAUGUUAAUGGAAAAUAUGUUGGACGGCAAAAGUAAAACUGUCCCAUAGGAUUGGCGAUGGUCGAACUUCCCUGUUGCUUUAGAGACCUGAUGUAUAUAUAUAUAUAUGUAUGACAGAAUUCUUUAAGUAUCUUGUAAAUGUAGAAGAACUUACUUAUAGAGUUAUCAGAAUUAUUUAAGUAACACUUACUUUUAGAGUUAUCAGAAUGUCUUGUAGUAUCAAAAGAUGGUACACGUCAUAAAAACAUUUGAUUUGGUAUUACAGUCAGGUUGGAAUGAAAUUGUUAAGGAUAGUCUUCUAAUACUGAACUCUGCAGACUAUUUCAGAAAAUAAUAAAGUAGACAAUGAAGGGCGUCGAUCACAAAGUUUACAUGGAUUUAGUUAUCAUUUGUUUUUGUUUAAUAAAGGAUUAAUCAUAAUGAGUGGACUAUUAAAUACAUGUAUGUUUUAAUAUUGGGUCAGACAAUACGAUACAUAGCCAUUUUACCAAUAUGAUACAUAGCCAAUUUACCUGGUGAGCUUACAAUAAACAAUGAUGGGAUCACGGUUGUUUUAACUUUCGUUUAAAUAUAAUUGUUUCCUACUAAUCUUUUGAUUCAGAAUUUUGUUCUGUUAUUAAGUGUUGUAACAUGAAAAAAGUUGUUCAUUCGUAAAUCUUUUUGCCACAAUUUUGCGGUUUCAAGUAAUUCCGGGUACAAUCUUUUAUGAUUAGCAACGAAAAUAAUUACGAAAGGAUGAAGUUGUUUUGCACAAUAAUGUUGCAGUCAUAUAACACAAAAUGUUAAUGUAGACAAACUGAGUAAUAAAAUCAAUGUUGUAACAAUCUGAUGGGUGAAUUCACAAUUGUAGUCACCUAACCAAAAGGUAUUAUACCCUAGUAGAAAAACUAAAUAAUAAAACCCGAUUUGUUUUUUUUAUUAUUAUUAUUUUUAAUGAAUACCCAAAACUUUUUAGGCAAUUUUUAAAGAAGCACUGUUUAAGUCAAGGUCACUCUUCUAUAUACACCACAUAAAAUUAUCUUAAGAAAUUUGUUACCUACCUACGCUUAUUUUUUAAAAGCUUUUACAUGAACACACUUACUUUUUUUAUUUGGCCAUGGUGAAUUCAAUUGUAAUCACCUGCCCAAGGGGUGUUAUAGUACCCUAUGCAUUUCAAUAAGUGAAUGCUUAGCAAAUUUAACUCAUUGGUAUUGAAGUCCUGCUCUUACCACAAAACCUGCAAAGAUUCAUGGUAUCUAGGACGCUUGGAAACAGGACACAACACAAUUCAUUGCCUAGAUAAGCCAUAUUUGGCUCAGUUUCUACAAGAAACUCAGUAAAACAGAAUACUCAAAUGAAAUUUACUAUCAGCAUUUAAAAGAUUUCUUUUAAAAAAAAUGGCUGGUUUCUUGACCGGUGAAAUUACUGGUAUUUAUUACCAGUAUGCUAUAUAGUACAAAAGUGACCUUCAGCAUUUAUAGUUCUCAUUGUACUGAUAAGGUAGAGCAUGGCUAUCAGAUUGUCUGGGGGUUUUCAUGGUUUUUGUGUAGCACAGUAACACACCACUGGUAUUACAGAUAUGUAUCACUACAUCCAUCUGCUACGCAGUUUAGAAUGUCAAUAAAAGUUUUACAAAUAUUAAUCAUUUUGUUUUAUCAAUUUGUUGAAAACUCAACAAUAUUGUUUAGAUGAGGAUUCACUUGUUUCACAGUUUCUAUACUUGUUUAAAUGAGUUCUAGUACAAUGGCAGAUUUUAAGGGAGAGGGAAUUACUCAUUUCAUGAAAUUACCCAUUUCAUACGAGGUUUUCAAUGACCCAUUGAGAAAUGUUUAUUGAAUAUUGCCUACCUCUUCUUUUAAUAAGUGUCGCAAAUUUGCCGAUAUAAUCCAUGUUAAGCAAAUUUCGUAGUAUGCGCGAUCCCCUAGACACUUGCGUUACCUAACGCAUGUGUCAGAAACUAAAUCUUAAAUCUGCCGUUGUAGUACACUUUGUGUUGAAAUUUUACGUGGGAUAUGCAGUGCCAAUAUAAUAUUGUAUAUCAUCUUACACCUUGUACUAUUAAUGACAUGCAUACAUGUUACUAAACAGGAGAAGGAAUAAAAAGGCAACGUCU